AAGCCAAUAUGUUGCCUCUCACUUUCGGCCGUGAAUGAGCCUGCUUCGUUCCCAAGCGCUUUCCAAAAUAAGUGCCGUCAGCGCCGCCGGUGAGUUUUUGUGUAGCGGCUUCUCUUUCUCGCGCUGCCUGUUCAUUCCCAAACUCACCUUCAAUCGUCGGUUUUCAUCUCCAACUGCGCGUCUCUUCCACGCGAUGGCUCAAAAAGAGAGCGAGCAAUUUUCAUUCGGGCCGUACAAGAUCAACCCUAGCGAGGUCUUCUACUCUACCAAACUCUCAUACGCCCUUGUCAAUCUGAGGCCUCUGCUACCUGGUCAUGUACUUGUAUGCCCAAGGCGAGAAGUUAAACGCUUUGUGGAUCUCACUGCUGAUGAAACUACUGAUCUAUGGCUUGUUGCAAAGGAAGUUGGAGGUAAAUUGGAGCGCCAUCAUAAAGCAUCUUCUCUGACAUUUGCAAUUCAGGUAGUUAACCAUUCUGUUCAUUACACUUUGAUGUUAAAAUUUAGGCUUCUUGUUACCUUAACGUAAACACCGUUUCUAUUGCCUCUUGUUUUUAUUUAUUUAUUUUUUUUUUUAUCAAAGAGUUCUCAUAGUCACAUGUUAGCAUGUAUAUCGGUACCGAACAAAUACGGAAUAUAACAGGGACAUGGUGACAUGAAAAAUCUUGGGAACAAAGUCCUUAAGAGCAAAUCACUGUAUAUUAAGUCUCAGUCUAUUUUCUAUUUCAGGAUAAGAGUAGAUAGAGUUGAUGCUUUUUAUGUCCAAGCUUCAAUCAAUAAGAACAUUCUCUUGUGUUUGCCAGCUAUCUUUCUAUCAUGUGCUCUUCUAUAAUAUCAUUAUAAUUGGGUGUUGUCACAACCCGGCCAAGAAGAUCGAAUUAACGAGAUGGGAAGAAAUAGUUGGAUGGUUGAUUAAAUUUUUGUGUACUAACAAUCUAUUUCUAAUACAUUGAAAGAGACAUUAAAAUCUCAAAAUUUUAAAGUAAAUAUUAUAAAUAUUUUUCUCUUAGAGCAUUGCACUUAUGAUAUACGUUAUCUCCUCUUCCACUCAUUUAAGCUAAUCGAAUAAUACCCAUGAAUGUUUUGCAAUUAAAAAGUGAGUCGCAACUUAGUGAGUAUUUCAAGCUUCUAAAAUACAAUACUAUACAAGACAUUGGGAAUAAUAUGCAUGGUCAUUUCAAAACAUAAAGUAAUUCUAUUUAAUGUCAAUUAAUAUUGUGCAUGUGUUAUAUCUUUAUCUUUUCUAUAAAUAAUACAAUCGUCAUAGGAGACACCGUCUAAAAUAAUAACAAUAAAGGUACUUAUUUUCCUUUUUUUUUUUCAUUUACACGCGCGGGUAUAUUGCUUUCCCAAUCAGUAUCAUAAGGGGUGUUGUGCUCCAUCAUUCAGUAUGCAUAGCAAUCAUAUCUAUCUAGCCAUUUCAUUCCUAUGAAGCGAGUAAUUGCUAUGAACGUCAUACCUUGAAAUUUUCUAUUGAUUUUAAACAGUUUCCAGCAUGCAACUAAAAAUUACCUAAAAAAUGGUUCUUGGCUUUUUUUUUAUUUUGAAUUCGUCAGAAGAGAUCUACCUGAUUGUUUUUAAUUUGUUUUUGGGUUAUCUAUGUGUUUUCAGUAUUUUGUAUUGCAAAAAAAAUUAUCCAAAUGAGUUGCAAACAACUCUCAUAUUCAUGUAAUUGUAUGCAUGGUUGGACUAGGCUAUUAAUAUGUACUCCUUAUUUAUAUUUAGUACUAGUCCUUCAAGGUGUCGAUUUCUAUAUAUUAACUGAGUGAUUACAUUAUUUGGUUUUUCAAAACUAGCUUCUAAAAAUGUUAUUAAUGGUUAACUUCAAGAUAUAGACUAGAAUGAGUUGAGAUGUGAUUAACCUCAGCCUUGUUAUUUGUAUAAGAGCAGUUUAAUAAUAUAUUUUGAAUGAUCCAUUUUAAGAGGGCGGAUUGUAGCAAUUGUCAAGUUGCCUCCAUGCUCUUUUAGCUUAAUGGGUUUGAUUAUUGGAAACAACUUCUUUGCAAUGCAAAUGUAAGAUUGUUUACAUCAUUGCCUUGUAAAGCCCCGCUUUGAUGGGAGGACCUUGCAUUGGUGUUGUCUGUUAUUUUAACUUUGCGCUGCUUUUGGUCAAAUCAUUUUAAUUUCUUUUCUUAGUUGCAUAGUAUUCAAUUUUCAUCUGCACCUAAGCAAUAAUCUACUAUGACAUAUCACAGUCCACCAUCAUUCAUCUUUAGCACAUUCAUACUUAUGAAGCAAAAUGCUACUGUCUGCCAAGGGCAGAUCCACCCUAUGCCCAGGGGGACAAUUGCCCCCUU